CAUGCCCCGUGCUGGGCUCUGCAGCGGCCGGGUGCUGCCCCUGCUGAUGGCCCACACCUGCUACCUGCUGCUCGGGGCCACUGUCUUCCGGCUGCUGGAGAGGCCGGCAGAGGCUGAAUCCAGGGACCAGUUCCAGGUGGAGAAGCUGCGCUUCCUUGAGAACUACACAUGCCUGGACCAGUGGGCCCUGGAGCGGUUUGUACAGAUCAUCUUGGAAGCCUGGGUGAAAGGCGUGAACCCCAAAGGCAACUCCACCAACCCCAGCAACUGGGACUUCGGCAGCAGCUUCUUUUUCGCGGGCACCGUUGUCACCACUAUAGGAUACGGAAACCUGGCACCCAGCACCGAGGCAGGUCGGAUCUUCUGUGUCUUCUAUGCCCUCCUGGGCAUCCCGCUCAACAUGCUCUUCCUCAACAACCUGGGCACUGGGCUGCGCACCCAGCUGGCCCCAGAGAGGUGGGAGGAGCGGCCCCUGCGCUCCCAGCUCCUGAAGGUCCUAGGCCUGGGCCUGGGCCUGACCCUGGGGACCCUGGCCACCCUCGUCCUCCCGCCUGUGGCCUUCAGUCACGUGGAGGGCUGGAGCCUCAGCGAGGGCUUCUACUUCGCUUUCAUCACUCUCAGCACCAUCGGCUUUGGGGACUACGUUGUGGGCAGAGACCCCAGCAAGCACUACGUCUCGGUGUACCGGUGUCUGGCUGCCCUGUGGAUCCUCCUGGGCCUGGCAUGGCUGGUCCUGCUCCUGUCCCUGGGCCCUGUGCUCCUGCAUGGGUGCUCGCGGCUCUGGUUGCUGGUCAGGGGCCUUGGUCUCCAGGAAAGGCCAGGCCCUGACCCGGACAGGCUCCCUAGGCCUCAGAAGGGCCCCAUCUCUGCAUGAGCCUCCCCCUCCCCCACUGGCCAAGCAACCCCUGGCCUCCUAGUCCAGGCUGUCCACCCUC